AAAAAUGCAUGCCAUUAACGUUUAAAUUCUCGUGUAUAUAUAGGCACCUCGAUCCACAGCAUACCCAUUACCAUAUUAGCCAUCGAGAGCUAGCUCGAGGAAGUGAAGCUGAGCCGGUCGAGCUAGCUAGGCAGCUAGGGGCGCUCGAGAAGGCAUUGAAACAUGGCGGCUACCUUCCGUUCCUCCUCCCUCCUCGUCGUGGCGGCGCUAAUGGUGUUGUCCAUCAACUUGGCGGAGGGCGACACCGUGGAGUACCAAUUCGAUGUGGAGACCAUGAACGUGACACGGCUGUGCAGCAGCAAGAGCAUCGUGGCGGUGAACGGGCAGUUCCCGGGCCCCACGGUGUUGGCCAGGGAAGGCGACCUCGUCGUCGUCCGGGUCGUCAACAAAGCCCAGUACAACAUGAGCAUCCACUGGCACGGCGUCCGGCAGCUGCGGAGCGGGUGGGCGGACGGGCCGGCGUACAUCACGCAGUGCCCGAUCCAGCCCGGGCAGAGCUAUGUGUACAAGUUCACCAUCAGCGGGCAGCAGGGCACGCUGUGGUGGCACGCACAUAUCUCAUGGCUCCGCGCCACCGUCUACGGUCCUAUCGUCAUCCUUCCCAAGCUCGGCGUUCCUUACCCGUUCCCCGCACCAUUCAAGGAGGUUCCCCUCAUGUUCGGUGAAUGGUGGAAGGCGGACACAGAGGCAGUGAUCAGCCAAGCACUUCAGACGGGAGGAGGCCCAAAUGUAUCGGAUGCUUUCACCAUCAACGGUCUCCCAGGACCGCUCUACAAUUGCUCUGCCAAAGACACGUUCAAGCUGAAGGUGAAGCCAGGGAAGAUGUACAUGCUGCGGAUCAUCAACUCUGCACUCAACGACGAGCUCUUCUUCUCCAUCGCUGGACACCUGCUCACCGUCGUCGACGUCGACGCAGUCUACGUGAAGCCCGUCACCGUCGAGACCCUCCUUAUCACCCCGGGACAAACCACAAACGUGCUCCUCACCACCAAGCCGUCCUACCCGGGAGCCAACUACUACAUGCUCGCCUCGCCCUACUCCACCGCAGCCUCCGGAACCUUCGACAACACCACCGUCGCCGGCAUCCUCGAGUACGAGCAUGACGAGUACCCUGGCUCCUCGGCGAGCUUCAACAAGAACCUUCCGUUGUUCAAACCAACCAUGCCGCAAAUCAACGACACGAGCUUCGUGUCCAACUUCACCGCCAAGCUUAGGAGCCUCGCCAACGAGGAUUACCCUGCUGACGUGCCGCGUGAGGUGGACAGGCGGUUCUUCUUCACGGUGGGACUGGGGACCCACCCAUGCGCCGGCGCGAAUGGCACGUGUCAGGGGCCCAACGGGAGCCGGUUCGCGGCAGCCGUGAACAACGUCUCCUUCGUGCUUCCCACCACGGCGCUGCUGCAGUCGCACUUCACAGGGAUGUCUAACGGGGUCUACGAAUCCAAUUUCCCCGCCAUGCCCUCGUCGCCGUUCAACUACACGGGCACGCCGCCCAACAACACCAAUGUGUCCAAUGGGACAAAGCUGGUGGUGCUGUCGUAUGGGGAAUCCGUGGAGCUGGUGAUGCAGGGGACAAGUAUCUUGGGAGCCGAGAGCCACCCGUUUCACUUGCAUGGGUUCAACUUCUUCGUCGUCGGUCAAGGGUUCGGCAACUUUGACCCGAUGAGUGAUCCCGCCAAGUAUAACCUAGUGGAUCCCGUCGAGCGGAACACCGUCGGCGUGCCAGCCGCCGGAUGGGUGGCCCUUCGCUUCCGCGCCGAUAAUCCAGGGGUAUGGUUCAUGCAUUGCCACUUGGAGGUGCAUGUCAGCUGGGGCCUGAAAAUGGCGUGGCUGGUGCAGGACGGGAGCCUCUCCAACCAGAAGCUCCUGCCUCCGCCGUCCGAUCUCCCAAAAUGCUAGGAAGAGCUAGCUCGAUCGUUCUUCAUGCAGAGAUCGCGUCUUCUCCAAUUUGCAUAGGACAUUCGUCCGCUUUUGCUGGCUUGCGUGCGCACACAAUUGCUUGUUUAUGUGUCGCCGCGUGCGCGUGGUUGGUGGUGUCUAUUCAAUGCUUUCCUAGCGGUGUGUGUCUUUUCUCCAGGUCAAGUCGUCGUCUGAUCAACAGUUGUGAACCAUGAAGAGGUUUCUUGAUCAGAAGCAAGAUAGGAAUUUAAUUUUGGACUGUUAUUAUUUGCAAUCUUUUGUAAUAUGCACGGGAGCUGGAUCAUAUACCCAAGUGCAUGCCUGUCCAAUAAUUUGUACCAAUAAUUGAUUUAUGGUGAGCGAAUUGUUCUCUGUUAGUA